AUGUCGCCCGAAGAGAUGCCCCUCCUCCAAGACGGGGUGCUGCAGGCCGGCGCCUCAGCCCCCGCCGAGCUCGGCUCUAAACCGCCAUCACGGCUGCCACAAAACAUCGGGCACCGGGGCUACAAGGCAGCCUUCCCAGAGAAUUCCAUGGCCGCAUUCCACGGCGCCAUAGCAGCCGGCGCACACGCGCUCGAGACGGACCUACACUUAUCCCGCGACGGCGUGGUCGUACUGUCCCAUGACGCGAGCCUCAAGCGCUGCUUCGGCAUCGACACCAAGAUCGCCGACUGCGACUGGUCGUACCUGCGCACGCUGCAGACGCUGCAGGAGCCCCGUCAGGGCAUGCCGCGGCUGUCCGACCUGCUCGAGUGGCUGGCCCAACCGGAGCUGGCUCCGGUCUGGGUGCUGCUGGACAUCAAGACCGACGACGACCCGGACCUGCUGCUGCCCGCCAUCGCGCGGACCGUCGCCUCCGUCCCGUCGGGAGAGGGCGCGAAGGGCUGGGAAGAAAGGAUCGUUGUCGGGUGUUGGAAUGAAAACUACAUCCACCACGCCCGGCAGCACCUCCCCCACCACCCCCUCGCCUACAUCGGCUUCUCGCUGCUCUACGCCCGACGCUUCCUCUCCGACGCCCACCCGGACGUGCACUUCAACCUGUUCCAGCCGAGCCUGGUCGGGCCCUUGGGGGCGCGGUUCCGGCGGGCGGCGCGCGAGCGCGGCCGCAAGCUGUUCGUGUGGACGGUCAACGAGGAGGGGUGGAUGGAGUGGGCGGUGCGCAAGGGCGUCGACGGCGUCAUCACCGACGAGGUUGGCCGGAUGAGUGAGGUUUUGGAUCGGUCUGGCUGUGACGGCGGCAGCGGCGGUGGUGGUGGUGGUGCCCCUAGUGAUCGGGGGAUCGGGUGGCCGCGUGCCGUGCGGUUGUAUGCCGGGGCCGUGGUCUGGCAGACCCUGGCGCUGGUGGUUUCGUUGCUGCUGUGGCGCCGGUUGAAUACCAGGGGGGCGAGGAGGAAGCCUGGUGGUGUGACGGUUGGCGGGAAGAGGUGAUUGGCUUCGUGUGGGUGUUUGUCGGUGGGGAUGUGCACUUCACUAUGGGUGAGCGGGUGGUUGAUGCCACCCUCCGUUCGAGGGUGUCGGCAUCGGUUGGAUGGCAGCCUGGAAUCGGAUUAGAGCCUCGCGGGUACCACCACACCACAUGCAUAAUAUUCUGCGGGGUCUAGGUAGACACGGUGAUAUCCGUGUUUUGUGUAAUGCAGCUUCGGCGAGAAUUCCAUUUUGAUAUGCCGGCGGGCGGCCAGAAACCGACCUACGGCCACUCGAUCUUUGACACGGUGCUACCCGACCUGCCUU